CUCUGAGAAUAUUUUUUUUCUUCGUUUGGUUUUUGUUUGGUCAAUUAUUUAAUUUAAUUUGUUUUGUUGUCAGAUUAGAGAGAGAGAUAAUACAAUGUUUAAGUCUCCACUACAGAUGCGUUGAUGCCGUUAAAAAGGAAAGAUGUUUGCCAACCGCCAUGAAAAGCGGAAGAAGAAGCUGUGACGUCUUAAACCACUUCCUUUCAACGUGUUUUUUUUUAAUUCUUUUGGUUAAUUGUUUUUAUUUAAUUAGUUUUGUUGUCAGAUUGAAAAGAGAGAGAGAGAACGAGAAUAAAUCCGUAGUCCACAUUUCAGAUUAGUUGGUGGCGGUAAUGCACCCGGAAAAUGUUUGCCAACCUCCAUUAAAAGUAAAAGAAGAAGAAGAAGGAGGAGCGCGUCACUUCCUGUUAGCCAAAGCGUGUCGCGUGCUAUAAGGAACAUGGCCGCGGAGGGCAGAACCGAGGACUACCCGGAGGAGAUCGACGAGCAGCUCACGGGCUUCGGCUCCUCGGUCUCUGCGGUGAACACCAUGCUGGAGAAGCUGAUGGCGAUGCCCAGGACCGACCUGCUGAAGCUGGACCCUUUGGAUCAAGCCAAGCUGGACCUGAUGUCUGCCUACACCCUCAAUUCAUUAUUCUGGAUGUACUUGGUGACACAAGGAGUGAAUCCCAGAGAACAUGGAAUCAAACAGGAACUGGAGCGAAUAAGGACGUACAUGAACAAAGUGAAAGAGAUCACCGACCGGAAGAAAGCGGCCCGUCUGGAUAAAGGGGCGGCGGCUCGCUUCCUGAAGAGCGCGCUCUACCACCCGAAGGAGAAGGACUUCAGAAGGAAAGCGGCGCCGGCGUCCGACGUGUCCAAGUCAAAGCGCCCGAAGCAGAGCUGAUGCGUGUGCGUGUGUGUGUGUUCGUGUGUGUGUGUGUGUGUGUGUGUGUGCGUGCUUCAGAGUUUGAACACUUUCAAGGUUGUUGUGUUUUGUGAAGGUCGCUUCAUCAACGCCGUGUUGCAGGAAUCAUAUUUUCCGGGUUCCACGACAAUGAAACGUUACGAUUUAAAUUUAGAGAAAUUAGUUUAAAAGAAAGGAAUUUGGCUCUUCAGGUAUUGUAAUAUUAUUUGGAUUCUUAUAGACGAAUGAGAAUUUGUUUUUCUUAAAAGUGAUUCUAUGAAUCAUGUUUUUAACAAUAUGUUUUUACACGUGCCAUGUAUCAAACAUUUACUGAAAAACAAUGCCUUUUGGUGAUGCUUCUUUAUUACAAUUGACAUCUACAUAAAAUUCUCACCAAACCCGAUAA